UUCAUUUCGAUUUAGUUGGUCCGUCUUGUAAGUUGUUUUCGGUGUUGUUAAAAAUACUUAUGAAUAAAAUAAUGUUAAUAUACUCGUGCGUGCAUUAUUAAACGGAUAAAACGUUGUCUCAAUUCUCAAUUAAGUGGUAGUAAAAAAAAACACAUUGAACUUGAAACUGUGCAAAGAGCAAACUCUAUCAGCAAUUUCUAGGCAUUGGUAUACAAAAAACUUAAAUAAUGUUGGAGGCAGCGCCACGUGAGUACGAAGAUAUUCGCAUCGCUGUACCUUGGGGCCAUAUAGCAGGCCGUUGGUAUGGCAAUCGUAAUUUGCGGCCCAUACUCGCUAUCCAUGGCUGGCUCGACAACUUAGGCACUUGGGACACAUUGAUUCCUCUGCUGCCGCAGCACAUUGGUAUACUUUGUGUUGAUCUGCCCGGGCAUGGACAUUCGUCUAAUUACCCCAAGGGUAUGCAAUAUCACGGCAUAGAUUUUAUAGACGUUAUAAUGCGUGUUAUCAUGGAAUAUAAAUGGCCAAAGGUUUCAUUACUGGCGCAUUCGCUUGGUUCAAUAGUUUCCUUCAUUUACACUGCGCUUUUCCCGGACAUGGUGGAUAUGCUAAUAGCCAUUGAUAUUAUUAAACCUGCCUACAAUACAGAGAAGGAAGAAAUAAACCAGCUGCGCGUGAAUGCUGAGAAAAUGCUUUUGGAAGACGAGCGUAGCAAUAAGUUGGCGAUGUAUGAGCCACCCUCGUAUACAUACGAUCAAUUAGAGCGGGUGCUAUUCGAGGGUUCGCAAAGGUCGGUUGAUAUUGAUAAAUGUAAACACCUGCUAGAUCGGAAUAUUGCUAAGUCAAGAAAAUUUCCGGAAAAAUAUUAUUUCUCGCGUGAUAGUCGUUUGAAAUAUUAUAAUCGACUCAUAACUUGGCCCGCGCUAGAUUUAGAACUGGCUAGAAGAAUUAAGAAUGUGCCAUAUAUGGUAAUAAAAGCCACCAAGUCGAAUUACAUGGGAGAAGAUUCUAAGGAAAUUAUCGAAAUAUUGCGCCAGAACAAUCCACAUUUUGAGUAUCACGAAAUUGAUGGAACACAUCACGUCCACUUAAAUAAUGCGAGGGAAUGCGCGACUGUAAUAAAUCCAUUCAUUAAUGCUCAUAGGCCAGCUAUGCCGGAUACUUGGACCGUUGAUGAUGAAGAGGAAACUGCAGUUAAAACGAGUAAAAGUAGAAACCGUCGCAAAAAUGCAGCAAAAAGACAUUUCAAAUGGCUUAGAAGUAAAUUAUGAAGAACUGGAUGCGACACAGUUGACAUUUCAAUAUUCAAUGUGAAUAGCCUUAGAAUAAAAAAAGAGUAUUAUUUGUAAUUAUAAUUUAGUGCUGGGGAAUUCAUUAGCGCGGUUCGGGGCUGAUAUCAAAAAAUAAAUUUUAUUUAAGAAAAAUUU